AUGCAUUGUCAGAAGUCUUGUUUAUGCUUUCAUUAUGUAGCACAAACCUACUUACCUUUAGAAGAGAUCCAGGAACCCAGGGUUGCAGUUACUUUUCUCCUGACUGAUUUGGAAUCCACAGACAAUUCUCUAUCUGCUGAAAAGAAACCACCUCUGGACCACAGAGAGGCUGAAAGACAGUGGCUGCUCAGAAGAAAACGAUCUCCUCUGUUUUCUAAUGCUGUGAAAACCUGCCCAGGUGAAAGUGUUACAGAGGCUGUGGCGAACCAUGUGAAAUAUUUUAAAGUCCGAGUGUGUCAGGAAGCUGUCUGGGAAGCCUUCAGGACUUUUUGGGAUCGACUUCCUGGGCAGGACGAAUAUCAUUACUGGAUGAAUUUGUGUGAGGAUGGAAUCACAACUGUAUUAGAAAUGGGCACAAACUUUAGUCAGUCUGUGGAACACAGAGACUUAAUUACGAAGAAACUGAUGUAUGCAAAAGAAACUGUAAGAAGACUUGAAUUGUCAUCUCCAGUUCCUGUUGGUGAUACCGCAACAUUGGGAGGUACUGUUCUCAGAUUUCUACAUCCAGAGGUGACCUCCUAUGAAAGUGCUCCAGAGAGCAGCUUGGAGAGGCCAGAGCAGAAUAUUAGCAAUGAAAUUGAGAAUGUGAUAGAAGAAUCCACAAAACCAGCAGCUGAGCAGAUUGCAGAAUUCAGUAUCUACCUUUUGGGAAAGCAGUACAGGAAAGAACUACAGGAUCCCUCCAGCUUCUACCACCAGCGCCUUGUGGAAGAGUUUAUUUCAGAGGUUGAAAAUGCAUUUACUGGGUUACCAGGCUAUAAGGACAUUCAUGUGCUUGACUUUAGGUCCCCCAAGGAAAAUGGCAGUGGCAUAGAUGUUCACUAUGCAGUUACCUUCAAUGGUGAGGCCAUCAGCAAUACUACCUGGGACCUAAUUAGCCUUCACUCCAACAAGGUGGAAAACCAUGGUCUUGUGGAAUUGCAUGAUAAGCCCACUGCUGUUUAUACAAUUAGUAACUUCAGAGAUUAUAUGGCUGAAACACUACACCAGAAUUUUUUACUGGGGAACUCCUCUUUGAACCCCGAUCCUGACUCCCUUCAGCUUAUCAAUGUGAGAGGAGUUUUACUCCGCCAAACUGAAGAUCUGCUUUGGAUCUCCCAAAGUUCCAGUGGUCAGGCAACCCCGCCAUCUGUUCUGGAAAAUACCCUUCAAGCUGAAUGGCCCUCAGCAGAUGAAUCCACCACCAGCAGUAUUCCACCACGUGAUUUCAGCCCUGGUCCUCUCCCAACCACUGGCAGGGAGCUCUGGUCAGAAAGCCCUUUGGGAGAUUUAGGGUCUCUAUCCGAGUCAGCCUUUUCCUUGAAGGAGAGCCGCAGUGCUUCCCCGGAGGCUUUAGACGUUAGUGGCUUGACACUUCAUUCUGUCACCCCAGCGGUGCUUCACACGGGCUCGCCGGUGGCUUCUGAAGAAAGGGCUUCUGGGUCUCACUUAUUAGAAGAUGGAUUAACCAAAGUAGAAGGGUCAGAAGAUUUUCUUUCUAUUGAUCCAUUGCCUUCAAGUCCAUUCAUUCAUCCUAUGCCAAAAGAAACAGUACCACCCAUGGAAGACUUUGGGAUGUCUUUGCCAUCCUCACCAUAUCUGGCCUCCUCUAUUGCAUUAGAUCUUCUUGCUGAAGAAAUAACUACAUCUUUUGGCUUGGACUCUUUGGCCUCCAAAGUCAAAGACCAAUUAGAAGUGAGCACUGUGAUGUCAGACACAUCCAUAGAUAAAGAGUUCCUAUUUGAGAGUGGUUUAGGUUCUGGGUCUGGUCAAAACGUGGAUCUAACUGCUUGGCCUCUGAGUGACACUUCAUUAGAGAAGAGUACAGAGCCACUGUCCAAGUCAUGGCUUGAAGAUCAGGAUUCACUUUUGCCAACUGAGCAUGCAUCAGAGGUCCCUGACAAAGCACCUCUUCUACUGACAUCUAUAGCAAACUCUGCUUCUACUGAUAAACCAGAUCAAGAAGAACCCUUUCUAAAGGGGGAUACUGAACAAACUACAGAGUCAUCCAAACAUGAAUUGUUUGGCAGCAAGGUUUCAGUAGUGAAGCCAGAUACACAACCUUUGUGGACCAUAUCGCCAGAAUCCAAUGUAGUUUGGGCAAGAACUUCGUCCCUAGAGAAGUUGUCUGGAGACACCCUGACAAGCACGCCACAGAGCAUUGACAAGCUCUGGUGGAAAUCUCCCAUGGCUCAAUCCACCAAAUUGCUUCCAACCACAAGCUCCACCCUGCUGAAGGAUGAAGUAAUUAUGGGCGUACAGGAUAUUUCAUUAGAACUGGACCAGACCGGCACAGAUUACUAUCAGCCUGAGCUAGUCCCAGAGGAGAAUGGCAAGGUUGGUAGUUAUGUGGAGCUGCCUGCAAGAGCUCACUCUACAGAGAGGGCUGUUGUGGCUUGGCCAGCAGAAGGAGGGGACUCGCGUCAUGCCCAGACUGCAGGUGCCUUGCUGGUUUUCUUCAGCCUCCGGGUGACUAACAUGAUGUUUUCAGAAGAUCUGUUUAAUAAGAACUCUUUGGAGUAUAAAGCCCUGGAACAAAGAUUCUUAGAAUUGCUGGUUCCCUAUCUCCAGUCAAAUCUCACAGGGUUCCAGAAUUUAGAAAUCCUGAACUUCAGAAAUGGCAGUAUUGUGGUGAACAGCCGAAUGAAGUUUGCCGAGUCUGUCCCUCUUAAUGUCAACAGUGCUGUAUACAUGAUCCUGGAAGACUUUUGCACCACUGCCUACCAAACCAUGAACUUGGCUAUUGAUAAAUACUCUCUUGAUGUGGAAUCAGGUGAUCAAGCCAACCCUUGCAAGUUCCAGGCAUGCAGUGAAUUUUCUGAGUGUUUGGUCAGCCCCUGGAGUGGAGAAGCAGAGUGCAGAUGCUACCCUGGGUACCUGAGUGUGGAUGAACUGCCCUGCCAGAGUCUCUGUGACUUACAACCUGACUUCUGCUUGAAUGAUGGAAAGUGUGAUAUUAUGCCUGGACAUGGGGCUAUUUGUAGAUGCCGGGUGGGUGAGAACUGGUGGUACCGGGGUGAGCACUGUGAGGAGUUUGUAUCUGAGCCCUUCGUGGUGGGCAUCACUGUCGCCUCCGUGGUCGGACUCGCUCUCAUCUCUUCUGCCGUCAUCUUCUUCCUGACCAGGACACUUCAAGCUCAGCAUGUUGGGAGAGAAAGAAAGAGGUCCUCCAGCAGGCAGCCUGACAGCCUCGCAACCAUUGAAAAUGCGCUGAAGCACAACCCUGUGUAUGAAAGACCCGGGGGUGGACGCAGGCAUCCCGAGGGACCCUGUCCUCAGCCUCCCUUCUAUAGCUGUGCAGGCGGGGAGGUGAUUGGCAGUCUGAGCAGGGAAGAAAUCAGGCAGAUGUAUGAGAAUAGUGAGCUUUCCCAAGAGGAAAUUCAAGAACGAAUGAGAGUUUUGGAGCUGUAUGCCAGUGAUCCUGAGUUUGCAGCUUUUGUGAGACAACAUCAAAUGGAAGAGCUUUAAUCAAAACUUCUAUUUUGAAACUGAUGAGAAGCCUAGAGAAGAUGGAGAUCACGUGUUACCUAUGUCAUAUAAUUAACCUGGAUUUUGAACUCUGUUGGAAGAAUUUUCUAUUAAAAGACAUUAAAUUUGUGGAACAAAACUUUUUUUCCAGCUUAAAAUUUCAGAGCGUAAUAGACUUCACAACUUUUAUACCUACAAAGACCAAAAGCUAUAUUUAAAGAAAUUCAAAACUAUAUGAGUUCUGGAAAGUAUUCUACAAGAAAAAAGCUGGGCCUGAGAGUUGGGGCUGCAUUUGCUAUCUGCUUCUGAAUGUCUGAGGGUCUCUUAAAAACUGUGCCUCGGGUUUCCCCCAGUGGGAAGAUACAGUGAGACUGUUACAGGAAAAGGCAGGCAUAAUAGCUAAAUAUUUUGUAGCAUGUUUGUUAUUUUCAGGUGGAAUGAGCAGCCUUUGAAGUAAUUUUAGUAUAGUUUCUAGUCAGACAUUUACCUAAAUAAAAUAUUAAGCUCUUUGGUAGUUAAAUGACUAAAGAAAGAGCAACCUAUUUGCUGCAGUAUAGGGUUAGGCUAGUACUUUAUCCUUCCACCAGAGUUUUGAAUUUCCUGAGCAUAUUAAUCAAGACCACAUUAUUGCUAAGUAUAUCCAUAUCCAAUUUUUUUUUUUAGCUGUCAAGAACAAUACUAUAUAUAAAGUUUAGCGGGUUCCUUUCAAACGGAAGAUGAAGUUAAUCAUGUGGACAGGUAGGGAAUGGGUGUUGGGUCCAGACCACAGCCCUGAGAAUAUAUGUGCAUGUUUGCGGGAAAAGCUAGCCAGAGCUAAUGGGUCCUCUGACUCUGCUUCCGAUAUCUAAGGAUGUUCUGGGUGAUUCCAGAUCUUCUCUAGUUCUUGGUAUAUUAAUUUGGAAAACAGCUCUUCACUACCUCACAUAGUGUAGGUUAGCCCAUUCUCAUUGCUUCUCCUUUGGGUAAUAACUCUUGUCUAAAUUAAUUUCUGCUUAUGUGAAAUGUGACAGGAUUUUUAUUGCAAUUAAAAUAUCUUUAUAGGUAGGAAAAGUCCACAUCUUAUGUAAGUUUUAACUGAAAAUGGAAGUUUUCCUCUUUCCUUUUAGUAUGUUUUCGAACUGGUAGCUUUGGAUAAGACAAGAGGGUCAAAUAAUCAUCACUUUUAAUAUUAAAUCACAUGCAAAUAGGGUAGUGUUGAUACACGUAUUUUAUGUUAGCUGUCUUCAUGUUUGUAAAAAUAAUCUUAAACAUUUUGAUCUCUUUCUAACCAGAUAUAACUAACCAGGGAUAGAUUGACCAUAAGAUAAAAUACAUGGUUCACUUUUUUUCCCCUUAACUUGAUAACUGCCAAUUCCACUCAUUAGGAUAACAGAAACUAAAUCUCUGGGCUGAGUAUAUGCCACAGUAAAUGUAUUGAAGACCUUGAGGAUAUCCAGGUAAUGUGCAACUUGUGCAUAGGUAACAGUGUGUGUGUAAAGGCUGUUCCCUUAUCUCAGUAUUCCUUUUUAUUCCAUACUCCCAUACUAAAUGCUCUGUAAGUUCAGCAGUGGUACAAGCCACUACUGGGACAUUUUCUACUGGGCACAUUUGAAAGGUAAUUGAUAAUUAUCUUUAAAGCAUUAUAAAUGUUAAUGACAUUUGUCACUAAUAAAUACUUAAUUUUAUUUAUAAAACUUUCAAAGAUUUCUUUUAAAGAUUUGCAACAUUUUUCCUAAACUUAUUUGUGUUAAUUGAACAAGAAAAUUUGUUUUUACCACAAAUUAACCCUAGAAGGAAACCUUUUGAAUGUUUCCUUGGUGGCAGAAUUCUAGGUGGACAUAAAGGGAGACUAAAGCAGGUCACCACGUGGGACAUUUAGGAGAAGCACAAACUGAGCUGAAGGAGGACUGUGACACAUCUCUGUCUGUGAUUUCCUUUUAUGUGACCUUUUCAUGCAAGAGCAAACCACUUAGCUGUACAUGAAUGUUUGCUCCACAUCUAUUAAAUGGAAAAAUAAAGAAACUCCUGCACUCUUCAGGGAGGCACCUGGAGACCUCAGUCCAGGAAUAAGGACUUCUGCCCUACCUUUGCUGUAGCUGACCCACAGUGAGAAAAUAUGGAGAAGGCAGUUUCCAUUGAUGUUCAACUAAAGGGCUAGCAGAGCUAGUCUGACAGGACAGAGUACCUCAAAAAAUCUUUUUAAAAGAGCUUUCCUUGCGGUAAUUUAAUGACACAUACUCAUUUAAAAGUAUUAGGCUGACCUCUCCUUUAGUCUGUGUGAUUGAUAAAUGAUAUGUUCUAAUUAGUUUCAGUAACCUAGCCAUGUCAAUAAAACUAUCCUAUUUAAAAACAGAAGAAUGCAGUUAGCACCAAAAAUGCAUGGUAAAUAACUUUUUUGAUUCAUAAGAUGCUUUGGAGUUUUGUAGAUACACAUACAUGAUUCUUAUUUUUAUGGGUUGUGGAUAAAGGGGAAUUUAUUUGAUAAACAAGACUCCAUUUCUACCAUGGCAGUGUUUUAAGGGUGUUUGUCCAUAUUUGUGUACCCUGAAGUCCAAUUUACUUUGCAUAAUCAAGCAAGGGCAGGUUUUACUGGAUUUUAUUCCCAUCUCUUUUUUUCUUCUAUAGAACUAGUUACCAUGAGUUGGCCACUCUCCUCCUUCCCCUUUUUUACCACACAGUGAGUUGUAAUAUAGCUGAACAAUUCUGACUUAAUAUUACUUCUGACAAAAAGAUGGAAACUGCACAGAUAUUCUUUGUAGGAUCUAAAAAAUAUGUUCACUCGUACCUGAUCUAGUUACUCAUUUGCAUGCUCAUUCUAUAAGUCUGCUUGCCUUCCAUUUCAUGAUUUUUAGACAGCUGGUAUCUUUGUGUCAUUUCCAUGUUUUUGAUAAUGGAUAUUUUGACACUGUUAACCUGUGAAUAGAAUUUUCAUUUUGAAAUGGAAGGAGAAGGCAAUAUACUUAUUCCAUAAGGAAACAUCUGAUUUAGGAGAAUAAUUUAUCUUUAUUAAAUUGAGAGGUUUUAGCAAAAAAAAAAGGGAGGGGGUCUUUUUUGUGUGUUAAAGUGAUGAUUCUAACAAUCCCCAGUAGGAAUAGGUGGAGCCAGCCUUCCUCAUUUACAGUCCAGCAGUGAGUUUUGGAUCUUGGUUCAUUCUAUUCCCAAGUGUGUAAGAAAUGCAAAAAGCGGUAUGAAAGUCACAGCCCUCAAAUCCAUUGUGUUGUGUCCCACGAAAGAUCCUGGCUGGAAGUGGCAAGAUGUGAGGGUACCAGAAAGUAACUGAUGAUGUAAAGAAUCUGCCUUUGACUCACAUAUUUUAUAAAACCUUAUACUACUCCACUGAAUAAGACACUGGUUAAAACACUCCCUCCCCUCAGGAUAGUGAGACACAGGUUAAAGCGUUCCCCUCAGCCACACAAUUUACAGCUACAGCCUAGAUUAAAUGAUUCUUCAUCCUGGCACUUUUUUCUCACUGACAUUUAAUUAUUUCUUUAGAGAUUAAGGGCAUAAACAGGAAGAAAGUAACCAUCACAUCAGAGAAUAAAGGUCUAAUUAUGUAUCAGGACUGUUGAUUCUGAAGCAGUUGUGUACACACCAUAAUAUGUGUUCAUUAUGGAGUAUGAAUAACGAAAGAUUUUUCCUUCUCAUCUUGUUCAUAAUGACAUUUACCUAAUAUAUGUAUGAGAUAAAUUCAUGUUACCAUGCUGUUUUCUUGAAAUGCUCUAAUCUUAAUGAUAGUUAGAAAUAAAAGGUUAAAAGUCUUUAUGAUGGAAGAGGAUCUUUCUUUUCUCAUGUAUAUAAUUGUGCCAUUUUCAUUAUUAAUAAACU